AUGUCCAUCAAUUUCCCGAAGGAAGAAGCAGCUACUAUUGAACGAUGGCGCGAGAUUAACGCCUUUCAUCGCCAGCUUGAGCUUUCCGAGGGCCGUCCGCGCUACACCUUCUACGAUGGGCCGCCAUUCGCGACGGGCUUGCCUCACUAUGGCCACUUGCUGGCGUCUACCAUCAAAGACAUCAUUCCACGUUACUGGUCCAUGAAAGGCUACCAUGUCGAACGUCGUUUUGGCUGGGACACCCAUGGCCUGCCCAUCGAGCACGAAAUCGACAAGAAACUCGGAAUCGCUGGAAAGGAUGCCGUGAACAAGUUCGGCAUUGAAAAGUACAACGAGGAGUGCCGAUCCAUCGUCAUGAGAUUUGCGACCGAGUGGCGGCACACCAUUGAGCGUCUGGGCCGCUGGAUCGACUUCGACAACGACUACAAGACGAUGGACCCCAAGUUUAUGGAAUCACUCUGGUGGGUGUUCAAGCAGCUCUUCGACAAGGGCCAGAUCUAUCAAGGCUACCGCGUCAUGCCCUACUCCACCGUCUUGACGACAGCAUUGAGCAACUUUGAGGCGAACCAAAACUACCAAGAUGUGACGGACCCCGCCGUUGUCGUCUCCUUCCCCCUUAUGGACGAUCCUAGUGUCUGCCUGCUGGCCUGGACGACGACGCCUUGGACUCUUCCCUCCCACACUGGCCUCGCCGUUCACCCCGACUUCGAGUACAUCAAGGUUCAUGACGAGAAGUCGAACCAGACCUAUAUCCUGCUUGAGAAGCUCCUCGGGACGCUGUACAAGGAUCCGAAAAAGGCAAAGUUUUCCGUCGUCGGCAAGAUGAAGGGCAAAGACAUGCUGGGUUGGCGAUACAAGCCUCUCUUCGACUACUUUUACGAGGACUUCAAGGACGUCGGCUUCCGCGUAUUCAACGGCACCUACGUCACGGCCGACAGCGGUACAGGCAUCGUGCAUCAGGCGCCGGCGUUUGGCGAAGAUGAUUACAACAUUGCCAUGGAGGCGGGCGUCAUCAGCGAAUCUCGCCCACCCCCCGACCCUAUCAACGACACUGGCCAUUUCACCAGUCGCGUUCCUGACUUCGCUGGCAUGCAUGUCAAAGCAGCGGACAAGCAUAUCAUCAAGCAUCUGAAAAAUGCCGGUCGCCUGAUAGUUGAAUCGCAGCUCAAGCACUCGUACCCGAUGUGCCCUCGAUCUGAUACGCCCCUCAUUUACCGUGCGGUGCCUUCCUGGUUCAUUCGCAUACCCGAUAUCAUCCCGGAUAUGCUGAAGAACAUUGAAGGAUCGCACUGGGUCCCCGCCGCCGUGAAGGAGCGUCGGUUCGCCAGCUGGAUCGCCAACGCUCGCGAUUGGAACGUUGGGAGAAACCGCUACUGGGGCACGCCCAUCCCCCUCUGGGUCAGUGAUGACCUCGAGGAGCGUGUUUGCAUUGGGAGCGUGGCAGAGCUGCGCGAGCUGAGCGGCUACGAGGGCGAACUCAACGAUAUCCACAGGGACAAGAUUGAUCACAUCACGAUUCCGUCCAAGAUGGGCAAGGGCACGCUACGACGCGUUGACGAAGUCUUCGAUUGCUGGUUUGAGUCCGGCAGCAUGCCGUACGCCAGCCAGCACUACCCGUUUGAGAACGUGGACAAGUUCAAGCAGUCCUUCCCCGGAGACUUCAUCGCCGAAGGUCUCGAUCAGACGAGAGGCUGGUUUUACACGCUGCUUGUUCUGGGCACCCACCUGUUUGGCUGCUCACCAUUCCAAAACUGCGUCGUCAACGGCAUCGUGCUUGCCGAGGAUGGGAAGAAGAUGUCGAAGAGGCUCAAGAACUACCCCGAUCCGGCUAUCGUGAUGGAAAAGUACGGAGCGGAUGCUCUUCGUCUCUAUCUCAUCAACUCGCCCGUUGUUCGCGCCGAGCCGCUGCGUUUCAAGGAAUCAGGCGUCAAGGAGGUUGUGCAGAAGGUUCUGCUGCCGCUAUGGAACAGCUACAAGUUUUUCGAGGGCCAGGUGGCGCUCCUGAAGAAGGCCGAGGGGGUGGAUUACAUGUGGGAUCCUGGCAUGGAGUCGACCAACACCAACGUCAUGGACCGGUGGAUCCUGGCAAGCUGCCAGAGCCUUCUUGCGUUUGUCAAUGAAGAAAUGCGAGGUUAUCGGCUCUACACCGUGGUCCCUCGACUGCUCGGACUCAUCGACAACACCACCAACUGGUACAUUCGAUUCAACCGCCGAAGACUCAAGGGCGAGAAUGGACUGGACGACACACAGCACGCCCUGAAUGCCUUGUUCGAGGUGCUCUUCACCCUCUGCCGUACACUGGCACCGUUUGCACCAUUCUUGUCGGAUCAUAUCUACCUGAGACUCCUUCCGCACAUCCCCAAGGAGUUGCAGGCCGAUGAUGCUCGAAGCGUCCACUUCCUUCCCUUCCCGGAAGUGCGACAAGAACUCUUUGACUCCGUCGUGGAGAGGAGAGUGGCAAGGAUGCAACGCGUCAUCGACCUUGCCCGAGUCUCGCGAGAGCGUAGAACGAUUGGACUGAAGACUCCCUUGCGGAGCUUGGUCAUCAUCCACCACGAUGCACAGUACCUCGAAGACGUCAAAUCCCUCGAGAGCUACAUCACGGAGGAGUUGAACGUGCGGGACUUGGUGCUGUCCGGAGACGAAGCCAAGUACAACGUCCAGCUCAGCGUGACUGCUGACUGGCCAGUCCUCGGUAAGAAGCUGCGAAAAGACAUGGCGCGUGUCAAGAAGGCGCUCCCGGAUUUGAGCAGCGAGCAGGUGCAGGAGUACCUGUUGAAGAAGGAGAUCAUGGUCGAUGGAAUUCGGCUCGAGGAGGGCGAUCUGGUGGUGCGACGAGGCUUGCGCGAAGAUUCCACGUCGAAGGAUUUGGAGAUCAAUUCGGACAGCGACGUGCUGACCAUCUUGGAUUCGAAGAUCUACCCCGAGCUGGCGCACGAGGGCUUGGCACGGGAAGUCAUCAACCGCGUGCAGCGUCUUCGCAAGAAAGCGGGGCUCCAGGCCACCGACGACGUCAAGAUGGAAUACAACAUCCUGUCCGAUCCGGAGAAGAUUGGUCUGGAAGAGGCGCUCGUGUCGCAGGCAGCCACGUUUCAGAAGAUACUGCGACGGCCCCUCGACAAGCUCCAGGAUGGAGGUCCUGGGCAGGGCCUUAUUGCGGAGGAGGAACAAGAGGUGCAACAGGCGACCUUCAUGCUACGACUGCUGAAGUUGUGA